AUGCGCCGAGCAGUUGAGGUCAAGGCAUAUCGACGGGAUGAGGAGGUCAAAAAGAGAGGCCGAUGUGCACAGGACCAAGAACAGACUCUGGUCCUCCUGAGCGAGUUUCUACCCACUGCAAGACCCUCCAUAUCGUGUGCGGUCGGAAAGGAAGUUGGCUUCUUCGGGCCUGCGGGCCUGCAAGAUUAA